ACUCUGACAAAGGUCCAGCAUUAAUUAGAGUUCACAGGAUGCGAUCGUUUUCAAGUUUACAAACUUCGUCUGUGAGAGCUACAAUAAAUCCUGGGUAGUGUUCCACAACUGUCGUCUGAAGGCCGUCAGUCGCAGCAGAGUGCUCCUCAACCUAAAUGCGACGAUAUUGCAUCCGACCCCCGAUAUGACCUGUCACAUUCAAAUGUUUAAGAGAGCAAGUGGAUAUAAGCCCUGGCUGGUCGACAUUAACCUUGAUGUCUGUCAGUAUUUUCGAAGGCGUAAUGUACCCUUUUUUUCUAUAUUCCUUAGUUUCUUUAAAGAGUCAACAAACUUCAAUCACACAUGCCCCUAUGUGGGCACACUGGUUGUCGAAGAUGUGUAUCUAAACCCCGAGCUACUGCGUCUUCCCAUGCCAACGGGCGAUUAUCUGAUCUCCUUGCACUGGUAUCACUUUAAGAAACAUCAAACAGAUAUUAACGUCAGUUUUACUUACGUUGAGGACCUCUUGAAGAGCUGGUAG